AAAUAAAACAUUAAUAAGCCAUUAAUAAUAAAAUCAAUUCUUAGAGAAACCGCCGUGCGAUGUAGAUUGAUUUAACAAUUAUUAAUACUCUAAUUAAAUAAUUAUUUAAAUUAAAUUAAUUAAUUCAGAGAAAUAAUUUAGGCGUCGUAAAAGAUCGUAAAGCGUCGUAAUCUCGCCGGCACGUGGAGGAUAAGUGAUGGAUCUGUGAAGGAUAGAAGGAUCCAAGAUGGCGGCGCUACCACGAACUGCGGCGCUAUGGGCAAUUCUUCGGGAGUUUCUUCGGGGGCGGCGCCUCCGAUGACCCCCCGGGGGACACGACCCCCUCCACCCCCCUCCAGUACGAGGACCCCGACAACGACUACUACGAGUCCCCCACGGGGGGGAAGGACACCCCCAACGGGGGGGCGGACCCCCCCGCGUACCGUGACGAUCUGGGGGCCAGCAGCUACCUGGACCUGACCCCCACGGGGGGACCGGGGGCCCACGGGGGGCUCACGGGAGGUGUGUUUAGUAGUGGGGGAUUCGGGGGGCAGUUUGGGGGUUAUGAUCCCCGGGACUCUGGGACAGAGGGACGAUACGAUAACGGCUCCAGAGGGAGAGAUCCUCCAUAUGGAUACGACCAAUCCUAUCACUACUCCUAUGGAGGUAAUGGGUCAAACUAUGAUCCAUAUGGAGGGUCUAGGGGUUCUUAUGACCCCUAUGGAGAAUCCGACCCCGAAGAUCCAUAUGAUGAUUCCGAUCCCGACGAUCCAAAUGGCAGAUCCUCUUAUGGAACAGGCACGGACCCUAAUGAUCCAUAUGGCAGAACGGACUCCAAUGAUCCAUACGGCAGAUCCUCUUAUGGAACAGGCACGGACCCCAACGAUCCAUAUGGCAGAACGGACCCCGACGAUCCAUAUGGUAGAACAGACCCCAACGAUCCAUACGGCAGAUCCUCUUAUGGAACAGGCACGGACCCUAAUGAUCCAUAUGGCAGAACGGACCCCAAUGAUCCAUAUGGCAGAUCCGACCCCGAUGAUCAAUAUGGCAGAACCGACCCCAAUGACCCAUAUGGCAGAUCGGACCCCAAUGAUCCAUACGGCAGAUCCUCUUAUGGAACAGGUACUGACCCCAACGAUCCAUAUGGAAGCCGGCCGGCGUCGGGGUAUGACCCCUAUGGGGGAUACGGGGGCUCUCAGUCCCCCACCAGGGAUGGGGGUUCGUCGGACCCCGCGGCGGGGGGUGGAUUAACCCGUGAGGAAUACGAGCGACUUCAUGGAUCUGGUGGACAAUAUGGCGGAUAUGGCGGGUCUGGUGGAUACCCCGGCACUUCUGGCGGCCAAGACGGCGGGUAUGGCGGGGCUGGUGGAUACCCUGACAGUUCUGGUGGCCAGGGCGGCGGAUAUGGCGGGGCUGGUGGAUACCCCGGCACUUCUGGCGGACAAGGCGGCGGGUAUGGCGGGGCUGGUGGAUACCCCGGCACUUCUGGCGGCCAAGACGGCGGGUAUGGCGGGGCUGGUGGAUACCCCGGCACUUCUGGCGGCCAAGACGGCGGAUAUGGCGGGGCUGGUGGAUACCCCGGCACUUCUGGCGGCCAAGACGGCGGGUAUGGCGGUGCUGGUGGAUACCCCGGCACUUCUGGAGGUCAAGGCGGCGGGUAUGGCGGUGGCGGAGGUGGGGGUGGAAGUGCACCCUGCAGUGGAAGAGACUGUUCAACCAGCGGAGGCAAAUGCCAGUGCGUGGGGGAGAAGGGGUCGCGGGGUAGCCCUGGGCCUCCCGGGCCCCAGGGGGAGAAGGGGGGUCAAGGCUUCCCGGGGCCCGAGGGUCUCGAAGGGGCCAAGGGCUUCAAAGGAUCGCCUGGACAGCAGGGCCCCACUGGGCCCAAAGGAAACAGAGGUAAAAUCGGGCUCAACGGUUUCCCGGGCAUCAACGGCAUCCCGGGCAUCCCGGGCCAAGCGGGCCCACCGGGCCUCCCGGGGGUCGACGGCUGCAACGGGACCGAUGGUGCUCCAGGCUACCCGGGCCAGCCGGGCCCUCCGGGCCCCAGAGGGUUCAGUGGGGCCCGCGGGGACAAGGGGGUCAAGGGGGAGCCCGCUAUCAGCCCCCACCCGGACCGGCAGAAAGGGGAGAAGGGGGAGCCGGGGAGGAACGGGAUACAGGGCCCCGUGGGGCCCAAGGGCCCACCUGGGGACACGGGUGACAGAGGUUUCCAAGGCCCACCUGGAUUACCCGGAGCUGUGGGGCCCAGUGGCCAGAAGGGCCAGAAAGGCGAGAUGGGCCUGCAGUUUGUGGCCCAAAAAGGCGAAAAAGGCGAGCCUGGGCCCAAAGGCAACCCCAACGGCGGGCCUGGACCCUCGCCCUUCGAGAAGAACUGCACCACAACCAUCGUUAUCAAGGGUCGGGACGGUCGGGACGGCGUAGACGGCGAGUGUGGGGAGAAGGGCCUCCCUGGGGCCCCCGGGGAGAGGGGUCGAGAUGGCCCACCGGGCCCAGCAGGCCCCAUGGGCUUCAAGGGUGACAUGGGGCCCCCGGGUCUUGAUGGCCUCAGGGGCCUCAAGGGCAUGAAGGGCGAGGCAGGAUACAGCGGCGUCGACGGGCCCAAGGGCGAACGGGGCCCGCCUGGGCCCAGCAAGGGUGGCCCAAUGGGCCCACCAGGGCCUCCCGGGACACGCGGACCGAUUGGGCCCAAGGGCGUUGACGGUCUUGACGGAAGGCCCGGGCCUCCAGGUCCUCAGGGUCCACCAGGAGGGCCCGGUCUGCCUGGGUCUCCGGGACGAGAGGGUCUACCGGGCCAGAAAGGAGCGGCGGGCACCACGGGUCUAGCUGGUUUGCCGGGAGUGAUGGGCCAAAAGGGCGUGGCUGGGCCCAGAGGCAACCCUGGCACACCUGGGCCCAAGGGCGACAAAGGAUACGGUGUCCCGGGCACUCCGGGCCAGGAUGGGGCCCCCGGUAGAAGCGGGACUCCAGGUAUGCGCGGCCCCCCGGGUCCACCCGGGCCCCAGGGACCACCUGGGGACAGUCAGAUCGGCAUCCGUGGGGACAUCGGCGAGAUGGGCCAGAAAGGCAACCCGGGCAUCCCAGGACGACCCGGACGACCCGGCCUCAACGGUGUGGAUGGGCCCAAGGGGGACCAUGGGGCCCAGUGCGUGUGCGACUCCUGCGAGAAAGGGGCCAAGGGCGAACAGGGUCUAGAGGGCCCACAAGGGCCCCAGGGCCUCAGAGGCGAGCGUGGCAGCCAGGGCCCACUUGGGGACCGUGGGGAGGAUGGCCUCCCGGGUGUACCUGGCAGGCCCGGAAAUGAGGGUCCAGCAGGCAUCCCGGGACAGCCCGGGCCCAAGGGCGAAAAAGGAAACACGAUCGUGGGGCCCCCGGGCCCAUUGGGUCUGAAAGGGGAGCGCGGGUUCCCCGGAAACAAGGGCAACCCGGGCCCAGCGGGCCUGCCGGGUCUACCAGGCAUCGAGGGUCUGCAGGGUCUACCGGGCCGCAAGGGCGACCAAGGCAACCCUGGCUUCCCGGGGUCCCCGGGCCGUAACGGGCUCAAGGGCCAAGACGGCCGGUCCAUCGUUGGGGACAAAGGAGACCGAGGCUUCCCGGGGGAGAACGGCAGGCCCGGGCCCCAGGGGCCCCAAGGCGACCGGGGCCAAGACUGUGAUGAGCGAGACGUCCCGUUGCCCCCUAAGGGACUACCCGGGCCCCAGGGCCCGCCAGGACAGCCUGGGCCCACUGGGCCCGUGGGACCACAAGGCAUACCCGGCGAGAAAGGCGACACCGGUUACCCCGGAAGGCCCGGGCCCCUCGGGGAAAGGGGCCUCCCUGGGCCCCGCGGGGAGAAGGGUGACUCCGGCAUCCCCGGCACCGCGGGCCUUCCCGGGACCAAGGGCGAACCUGGACCCUACGGCUUCCCGGGACUCAAGGGGUCCAAGGGAGACCGGGGCCGCGACGGGCUGGGCCUACCAGGCCGGGACGGCUUCCCCGGGGCCCAAGGCCCCAAGGGCGACACUGGACCCGCCGGCUUCGCGGGGGCCCCAGGCGAUCCAGGCUUGCCCGGGAUCACUGGUGAGAAGGGCGACCCAGGGGCCCCUGGCGUCAAUGGAUUCGAUGGACCCAAAGGCGACACGGGCCCGCCAGGCCCUCCGGGCCUCAUUGGGCUCAAGGGCAACACAGGAAUACCUGGCUUCGAUGGCCCCAAAGGUGACCCGGGCCAGCCGGGACAGCCCGGGCCCGCAGGGUUGCCCGGGUUCCCGGGAAUCAAGGGCGAGAUCGGCAUUCGGGGCCUCCCUGGGGCCAAGGGCAACGCCGGCACCCCGGGCCAACCCGGCCUCAGUGGAAUGCCGGGUCAAGAUGGCCUCCCUGGGCCCACUGGGCCUAAAGGAAGCCCGGGCCUCGCUGGACUGCCCGGAGAAAAGGGGGCCCAAGGCUUCCCCGGGCGGGACGGGCCCAAGGGGGAGCGGGGCUUCCCUGGGGCCAUGGGGACACCCGGUGUCCCGGGCACCCCCGGGUUCGAGGGGGUCAAAGGAGAGGCUGGUCCCCGUGGGGCCACGGGCCCACAAGGCAUCACGGGCCCCGCCGCCGCCAAGGGCGAGGCUGGGCCCAAGGGGGAACCGGGCCUACCUGGCAUCGCGGGUCUACCAGGCCUCAUGGGCCCAACUGGUCUCCCGGGGCCCAAAGGCCGUGACGCCUUUGGCCCCAUCGGUCCACAAGGCGACAAAGGAAACCCCGGGCCCUUCGGGCCCCCAGGCAUGGAUGGCUUCCCUGGGGCCAAAGGCAACUUCGGGAGCCCGGGCCUGCCGGGUCUACGGGGGGUCAAGGGGGAGCCAGGUUACCCCGGGCCCAAGGGGGAGGACUGUCCAUCGUCAGCGGGUCCACCGGGCCCCAUGGGGCUGCCCGGAGUGAAAGGCGAACCCGGCUUCUCUGGACGCGAUGGGCCCAAGGGCGAACGAGGCCUCCCAGGAUUACCAGGAGCGGACGGUUACCCCGGUAUCCGAGGUGAGCCCGGGCCCAUCGGUUUCCCGGGCGUGUCCCAAAAAGGACAGAAAGGCGAGCCGGGCCUCGUGGGGCCACCCGCUCCCCAAGGCCGACCCGGUCUCAACGGAAGACCCGGACUCGAUGGGCCCAAAGGGGACCGCGGGUUCCCGGGACAGCCUGGUCAGCCCGGCGGACUUUGCGAAAAAGGCGUUCGGGGCCCAGUGGGGCCACCGGGCCAGCCGGGUCUACCGGGUCUUUCGAGCGUCGGGGAAAAGGGUCUACCUGGGAUGCCGGGUAAGCCGGGUCGCAAUGGCCUCGACGGCAGUCCCGGCGAGAAGGGAAAUAUGGGCUUCGCGGGUCUACCGGGCCAACGGGGCCCGCCUGGCACUCCCGGACAGGCUGGGGCCAAAGGCGAAAGAGGAGAUUUCGGUCUCCAAGGCCUUCCUGGGCCCAUUGGAAAUCCGGGCCUCAAUGGAAAUCCGGGCAUUGACGGGGCCCCAGGAGUGGCAGGCCCGAAAGGAGAUCGUGGAUAUCCCGGCGCUCCUGGGGCCCAAGGGCCCCAAGGUGUCUCUGGGCCUACCGGUCUGACACUGCCGGGCCAGCCUGGACAAAAAGGCGAGCCGGGCCCUCCUGGAAGACCGGGCCCAGACGGGCCAGUGGGCAUCAAGGGCGACAUCGGCAUCGCAGGACGAGCGGGACAACCGGGCCUGCCUGGGCCAAAGGGCGAUCCUGGGUUCCCUGGGCCUCCGGGUCUAGUGGGCCCACCUGGAAACCCGGGCCUCAGAGGCAACACUGGGGCCCGCGGACUGCCUGGGGUCAACGGGCCUCCUGGAAGCCCUGGCCUCCCUGGGCCUCCCGGGCCCAAGGGCGAGCGAGGACUCGAUGGCCUCCAAGGCAUCCAAGGGCCUCCUGGGGCCAAGGGCAGCGUGGGCCUUACCGGCAUCCCUGGCAGAAUUGUGGGUCAGGGUGCUAGGCCUGGCAGCCUGGCUGGUCCCAGUCUCUGGCUGGUCCCAGUCUCCGGCUGGUCCCAGUCUCUGGCUGGUCUCGGUCUCUGGCUGGUCCCGGUCUCUGGCUGGUCCCAGUCUCUGGCUGGUCCCGGUCUCCGGCUGGACCCGGUCUCUCCGGCUGGUCCCGGGAUGGCGGGGUCCUGUAUCACCGGACCGGCUGGUCCCGGUCUCACUAACUUACUCCCCCAUCCUCCCCCACUUCUCACCCCCAUCUCCCCCACAGGGAUGGCGGGGUCCUGCAUCGCCAUUAAACUCACUCCCCCACCUCUUCCCCCACUNAGCCUAUACCCAUGA